AUGGAGGCGGCGAUCGGCGUGGCGAACGGGCUCAUCGGCAGCGUGCUGAACCACCUGUCCAAUGAGUUCGUGGAGGCGUUCAUUGCCAGCUCCCAGCUCGGCCUCAACUCCGAGAAGAUCAAGCAAGAUCUCUUGCUCACCAAGGGGCUGCUGCACGAGGCCCAAAGGAGGGGCGUCAGCGGCAACCCGGGUCUCCAGGAGUUGUUGCAGAAGCUCAGCGCCAAGGCCGACGAGGCCGAGGAUGUGCUGGAUGAGCUCCACUACUUCAUCAUCCAGGACCAGCUCGACGGCACACACUAUGCGGUGCCGGAUCUGGGUGAAGACCUCCGUGGCCAUGCUCGCCACGGUCGCCAUGCUCUCCGCCACAUUGUCGGUAACUGCUUUGCAUGCUUUUCUUGUUUGGGCAAGAAAGAUGUCGAUGGUGUUGCUGCUGAUGUCGUUCCUGAUAACCCACCCAAUGCAAUUCUGAACACUGGUAGUGAUGGUCCAGUUGCUAAGUUGUCGUUUGGUAGAGUUGCCAUUUCCAACAAAAUCAAGUCAGUGAUAGAGGAAAUACAAUCCCUCUGUGACCGUGUCUCCAUUUUGCUCCAGAUAAUUCCACACCAUAGCACCACCACAACAGUCACCCCAAGUCAUCGUGUCACAGGAUCAACCAUUACACAGAAACAAUUGCAUGGGAGGACAACCCUUUUGGAUAAAACCAUAGAUAACAUCCUCACUACUGCCACAGAGCACCCUGAAAACCUUCCUGUUCUUCCUAUAGUUGGUCCAGGGGGCAUUGGAAAGACAACUUUCACCCAACACCUUUAUAAUGAUAAAAGGAUAAAAGAGCACUUUGCUGUAAAGGCUUGGGUAUGUGUAUCAACUGACUUUGAUGUGGUUAAGCUCAGCCAACAAAUCCUUAGCUCCAUACAAAAAAGCAACACUUCAAAUCAAACAGACAAUUUAGAUGACCUCCAAAUAUCCAUCACACAGGAACUCAAGUCCAAAAGUUUUUUAAUCGUGUUUGAUGAUAUAUGGAAAUGCAAUAGUAGGGGGUGGGAAACCCUCUUGGCUCCAUUCAGGAUGGGGGAAGCCAAGGAUAGCACAGUUCUUAUCACAACUCGAUUUCCAUCUAUAGCCGAAAUGGUGAAAACAAGCAACCCAAUAGCACUGCAUGGUCUGGAGUUUGAUGAGUUCUUCACUUUCUUUUCAUCAAUAUUUGGGGGAAACAAGCCUGAAUAUUGCCAAGAGGACUUGGAUGAUAUUGCAUUUGAUAUUGCAAAGAAGUUGAAGGGUUCACCUCUGGCAGCCUUAACAGUUGGUCGAUUAUUGAGCAAUGACUUCUCUCGGGAACAUUGGAUGGGAGUUCUUGAAAACAAUGAGUGGCAAAAAGAGGAAAAUGUUGAUGACAUUAUGCCAUCAUUAAGGAUUAGCUAUGAUUACCUUCCCUUUCAUCUAAAAAAAUGUUUUUCGUAUUUUUCCUUGUUCCCUGAAGAUUAUAAGUUUAAGAAGUUAGAUAUUACGUAUUUUUGGAUUGCAUUAGGAAUCAUAGAAAAAGAUGAGAAUAAUAUAGAAGAACUUGUAGAGAAUGGUUUUCUCAUGAAGGAAGUUGAUGAUUUUGAAGGUCAAUACUAUGUAAUGCAUGAUUUAUUACAUGAACUAUCUCGGAGUGUUUCAUCACAAGAGUGCCUCAACAUAUGUAGUUCAAAUUUUAGAGUUGAUGACAUCCCACAAACUGUUCGACACGUAUCUCUCACAAUGGAAGAUAGAUUUGAAGGGGGUGUUAGGGAAGAAAUGAUUAAAUUGAGGAGCAAGAUAGAUAUUCGCAAUUUGCGAGCUUUGAUGAUUUUUAGGGAAUAUGCAGAAACAAUUGAUGGAUUUUUGAAAAAUGUUUUUAAGGAAAUAGAGGGUCUUCGUGUCCUAUAUAUAGUAGCAAAUUCCCAAAAAUCUUUGCCACUCAACUUUUCAAAACUUAUCCACCUCCGAUACCUAAAAAUUAUAAAACAAGAUUUGUCAAAACUUUGGCCAGAAGCAACUUUGCCUAGUACACUAUCCAGAUUUUAUCACUUGACAUUCUUAGACCUUAUAAGCUUUGGCGUACAUAGAAAAUUACCUAAUGACAUUAGCCGCCUUAUCAAUUUACGCCAUCUUUUUGUUGAGAAAGAACUCCUAUCCGAUGUUCCUGGGGUCGGAAAGAUGAAAUGCUUGCAGGAGCUAAGAGAGUUCAUUGUUAAAAAAGAGAGUGUUGGAUUUGAACUGAGAGAGUUGGGGGAACUCACAGAGCUUGGAGGAGAACUGAGCAUACAUAAUCUUGAGGAGGUGGCAACCAAGGAAGAGGCUGCUGAAGCCAAACUUGUUUGUAAACGAGAUUUGAAAGAGUUGAGGUUAGUUUGGGGUAGACAACACCAACAUAGCACAGAGGAAUCUGAUGUUCUUGAUGCUCUUCAGCCGCACCCUAAUCUUGGAGCACUUGUGAUUAAAAAUCAUGGUGGUCCAAGUGGUCCUAGCUGGCUGUGUGGUGACAUUAGCAUCAAAAUGCUGGGGACUCUCCAUCUAGAGGAUGUGUCCUGGGGCACACUUCCACCUUUUGGGCAGCUAUUGCAUCUCACGUCACUCACAUUGAUUAGAAUUUCUGCACUUCCUGAGAUCAGACCUGGCUUUGGUGCUGUCACAGACAAAAGCUUUGUGCGUCUGAAGCGGAUCGUUCUUGAUAGUUUACCUGAAUUUGUUGAGUGGGUUGGGGGAGCUAAUGCCCAUUCUUUUUCAAGGCUAGAAUACGUCAGCUGUGAAGAUUGUCCCAAUCUCUGUGCGGUGCCCUUCCUGGAGUGUUGUGUCUCUUAUCCCAAUCUUCUGCAUUUGUCCAUUUAUUAUUGCCCAAAGUUGUCUCUGCCACCCAUGCCUCACACGUCUACGCUGGCAUAUUGUCGUGUGGCACUUCCUUCUUCAUUGCUUAGUUAUUCUGGAGGGCACAUGUUUAUUAAUGGGUAUAGUGGUGGGCUGGCAGCAGAGCUCAAUUUGAAAUCCCUAGCAAAGCUAGAUUUCCGCAAAUGCAGCAUCACGUGCCCUGGACUGCAGGAUCUCACGUGCCUCGAAUCAGUUAAAGUAAAGGAUUGUCCCAACUUGUUUCGGUGGCCCGUCGAAUCAGCUCAUACCAUCAGGCCUUUCCCUGCUUCCCUCAAGGAACUUGAGAUCCAAGGAGAGUCAGGCAUGCAGUCAAUGGCUCUGCUCUCAAACCUCACUUGUCUCACCGAUCUAGAAUUGGUGGACUGUGAGAAUUUGACAAUGGAUGGGUUCAAUCCUCUCAUCAGAGUCAACCUUGAUGGUUUGAAGGUGUAUAACACAGAUAAGUGUCUUAGCCGCUCUGUAUCAGCGGAUCUGUUCUCGGAAUUGGCGGGAGCAAGGACCAACCUGUCAUUGCCUACAGGCUCCUUCCGACUGAGAUUGCUUAAAGUGGAUUGCAUCUCACCGGUGCUUGUUGCUCCCAUCUGCACCCUCCUCGCCGCUACCCUCGAGGUUUUAAUAUUCAUUCAUGAUCAGCGGGUGGAAAGCUUCACGGGAGAGGAAGAGAGAGCUCUUGAGCUCCUCACAUCCCUUAAGUUCUUCACUGUUUGGAAUUGCCCGAAUCUGCCGUCCCUUCCUCAGGGGUUAUACAGCCUUCCUUCUCUUCAGCAAAUACUUGUCGAUUCUUGUCCUCAAGUCCAAUCUCUGCCCAAGGGCCCCUUCCCCACUUCACUGAAGGCACUACGCGCAACAGGUUGCAGUCCCGAGCUACAAGAACAAAUCGAGAAAUUACAGGGAAGAUUGCCAGGUUUUGAUUCUGAUUCUGAGUAACACAAGGUAACAGCUUUGUACUAUCUAUCUAGCAUGCUUCCCCAACCCGCGCCGCCGGCCGGAAAAAUCGCGUCAGAUCCGGCCGACACGCCCCCCACCUCCACCAGCACCAGCCCACCUCCAGCCCCGACCAAGAGGAGAGGGAGACCGAGCCGGAGCCCGUAGAGAAGAGGCCCGCCCGAACCCGCCUGCUGCAGCCCAUGGCCAGAUUUGAGCCACCGCCACCACCACGGGCACGUAGCCGCCGCGCCGCCGCCGCCGCCCACCACGUCGCCGCA